UGGAGACAGGCAAAAACUCUGCCAGUAGAGAAGCAAAAUAGUUCAGUGGUAAAUAGAAGAGGAGGAUGAAGAAGGGGAAGUGGUCCAAGGAAGAGGAUGCCUUGAUGAAAAAACACAUUGAGAAGUAUGGCAUUGGCCGUAGUUGGCAAACAUUGGCUGAAACUUUAGGGCUGCAGCGCUGCGGCCGGAGCUGCCGAUCACGAUGGCUGAACUACCUCCGUCCGGGGCUGAAGCACGGCAACUUCACGCCGGCCGAGGAGAUGAUCAUCUGCGAGAUGUACAGCAAGAGGGGAAGCAGCUGGUCCGUCAUCGCCGCCCAGCUCCCGGGAAGAACAGACCUCGCCGUCAAGAACUACUUUCACAGCACGAUCGCGAAGAAGUUCACCGGCGCGAGCCGCGCUGCCGUCGCGCGCCGCAGGCGCCACCGCCCCUCUGCAAGCACGACGUCGGACGCCACGAAGCCGGACGAGCUCGCGCUGGUCGCCCACGACGAGGAGAGCGCCACUACAGGUUCGUCAUGCCAUGCCGGCGGCAUGGUGGACACGCCCGUCCUGGCCGGCCCGCUGCCGGCGCGCCCACCGCUGGCCAUCGCCGCCGGCUACGUGGUGAAAGAGGAGGUCGGCGAGGCAGCGUGGACUGAGAGUAAGCCGGCCGUGGCGCGUGCGCUUCUGCUGCAGAACGCACCGGCGCCGCCUGGUGAUGAGGCUGGCGCCAUGGACUUGGUCUGCGCCCCCAUGUCCCCGAUCCCCCUGGCGUUCAUGGAGCCGGGCCUGCCUUGGAUUGGCGGUUUCGACAGCUUGCUGCCCUGGUUCGAUGACUGGUACUCUAGUUAAGUGGCUACGUGCGUAGCAUUGGCCAUCAUCAAUGGCUCGUCUUCAAGGAAUAGCUGUAAGAUUGUCACGUACUGUGAAACAAUUAUGUUGUGAGGAUUGGGAAUUUGAGUAGUUGCAUGGCCAUGAGUGACCUUGUUAUUCUGACUUUCAGUUGAUGCAAUUCCUAAACACUGCAAGAGUUUCUUCA